GUGCACGCCGGCUUCGCGUUCCGUGUUGCCUGGCUUGAGUCCACGUGGCCCGCGCAUCUCUAGGGGCCGCUCAGUUCCCAAGACCCUGCACGCUGCGGUUGGGAAGGACACACGUCCAGCGCUUGUCCUAGAAGAAACGUAAACACUAGGAAAAUGUCUGUUUUUCCUAAAAUCUCUCUGAGACCUGAGGUGGAAAACUAUCUCAAAGAGGGCUUUAUGAAUAAGGAGGUUGUAACGUCUUCUGGCAAAGAAGCAGCUGAGAGAAAGUUGGAGACUCUGUUAAACCACCUGUCUCACCCCCCAUCUUUUACCACUGUCAGAGUGAACACUCAUCUAGCUUCAGUCCCGCAGGUGCAAAGCCUAUUACUGGAAGAGCUUCAGAAGCAAUUUCCUGGACUAAGAGUUCCUGUGCUUCAGCAUCCCGACCUCCCGGAAGUCUUACUCAUUCCUGUCCUUGGACCAAGGAGGAAUAUUGGAAAGCAGCAGUGCGAAGCCAUCGUUGGUGCCCAGUGUGGCAAUGCGGUGCUACGAGGAGCCCAUGUCUACGUUCCAGGGAUUGUGGCAGCUUCAAAAUUUAUGAAAGCUGGAGAUACUGUUUCUGUCUACUCUGAUAUUAAAGGAAGAUGUAAGCGAGGAGCCAAAGAAUUUGAUGGACCCAAAGUGUUUCUUGGAAAUGGGAUUUCUGAAUUCAGCCGCAGUGAACUCUUCAGUGGGCUGCCUGAACUGAAGGGCACAGGCAUAAGGAUGACAGAACCAGUGUACCUCAGCCCUUCCUUCGACCGUGUCCUGCCCAAGUACUUGUUUUUACAGAAUUUGCCAUCUGCUGUGGUAGCUCAUGUUCUGAGCCCUCAACCUGGAGAGAGGAUUCUAGACUUAUGUGCAGCCCCAGGAGGCAAAACAACACACAUUGCAGCCUUGAUGCACGAUCAGGGAGAAGUGAUUGCUCUGGAUAAAAUAGCCAGCAAAGUAGUGAAAGUCAAGCAGAAUGCUGUGCUGUUGGGGCUGAAUUCCAUCAGGGCUUUUUGCUUUGAUGCAACCAAAGCCCUUCAGGUCGAGAUGCUUGAGGACACAGGAGGGAAACCUCCAUUCUUACCAGAAUCUUUUGACCGAAUUCUUCUUGAUGCACCCUGCAGUGGACUGGGCCAGAGACCCAACAUGGCUUGUACCUGGACUUUGAAGGAGGUGACAUCAUACCAGCCAUUACAGCGAAAACUCUUUUCUGCGGCAGUUCAGCUGCUGAAGCCAGGGGGCGUGCUGGUGUACAGCACAUGCACCAUAACACUGGCAGAAAACGAGGAGCAAGUUGCCUGGGCCCUCAGAACAUUCCCUUGCCUUCAGCUUCAGCCUCAGAACCCGCAGAUCGGAGGAGAAGGGAUGAUGGGUGCGGGCCUAUCAUUUGCACAAUUGAAACAGCUGCAGCGAUUCGAUCCAUCUGUUGUGCCGUUACAGGACACUGACAUUCAUUCUCUCGGAGACACCAGAAGAGAAGACGUCAUCUGGUUGGCGAACAAGGACUGUAUAGGUUUUUUUAUCGCAAAAUUUGUGAAAUGCAAAAGCACAUAGAAGAGUCCUCAGAAAUUAAAUUUCUCAACAUUC